ACUGCUGGUCUGUGAGUGCUGCCCCCUCCCAAUGAGUUAACAACGCAGUGUCAUUAGCCAUUCAUUCUGACGGCAGUGUUACUACUCCCCCCCCCCCAAAUCCUCUUCUCUCAUUCCAGCCUGAGUCUCCUCUCAGCUCUCAACCCCUCUUUGUCCUCUUCCCCCCAACCCAACUGCUCCCCCACUCUCCCCCAGUCUCCCCCAGUCUCCCCCACUCUCCAUAUCCACAGAGCCAGAGGGACUGCACAGCGAGGUCCCUGAGACCCCUCUGCACUCAGAGCUGCCCCCUUUACAUGAAAACAAAAUCCCCCUCUCAGAUAUGUCAACUGUGGGUCGAACCCCCCGAAAAAACAGCAGCGUCAAGAUGGUUGUACAGAAUCCAGAGGAAUCCCCGCCCCCUGCAGAGGUACAAGUCACUAUCCCAAAAGUGCCUCUUACUAAGAAAAGCAAACACAAGGAGCCACUGGGGCUGAUCAGACGGAAGAUGGUGGCACAGAACCAGGAGAUCCAGGAGAUUAGGACUGAGGGCUGCCGAGAGGAGCCGUUCCAUGCACAAGACAGCGCAUCUCUUGCCCCUUCGCCUGGGGUAGAAGAUGGGUUAUAUACAAGAUUUCAAGGGAACGAGGUGGCAACACAGACCCCCCCUGUGUAUUGCUUCAGCUCCUUGGAUGAAAUUGUUGAGUUUUUGAACAGUUGUAAGAAAAACGAGGAGAGGAGGAUCCCCCCAGCACUGUCUUUGUUUGAAGACCCUCCUGAUGAUCUUGGGCAAGGGGGGCAUGAGGUUCUGUCUAAUGAUGCUCACUCUCAAUCAUUAAAGUUGGACAUUGAGGAGGAGGAGGAUGAGGACCAACCAAUUGUCUCUCAUCUCUACCCCGACCCUUCAGUGCAUUAUUUCUCCAGCUCCAGCCCCCCAUGUUUCCCUGUCGUUAAAAGACGGAGAAAACAACGUUUCCACUGUGAUUGGCAGGGUCCAGUCACCAUCAUCAGCUCACCAAACGUGCCAGUCAAUGCUGUAGAGCUAAGGGUGGGUGAAGACUUGGCCAUGUCUAUCCGGAGACAAGUAGAUGUCAACAACCCCGGGGCCUUUGGAUGGCAACUUGCAAAGCUGCUUUUCACCGAGGAGGAACUCUAUGGGCACAACUUCAAUGGCACCGAUCAGAAAAUGCCCCUCAGCCCAAGGCGGGUCCAUGCCAUCCAGCAUGCCUUUCAUGACUACUUCCCUAAAGACAUGGCAGACGAGGCUUUAGCCAAAGGCCGUACGGCUAUUAACCAGGGCAUCAGGAACAUGUUUUAUGUGCGCAGUCGUAGGGAUGGGGACUAUGUAUGAGGUGGUCUCUCUACUCUGAGCUUCUGUUGGGUCAUGGGGUGCUGCCCCACAAUCAAUAUUAGAGCAUUGUGGCCCUUUAAACAAUGGGCAAAUAGGUGUGUGGACUGUAACUUAAGGCAACAAAUCAAUCUUUUCAUUGUUCUAGAAGUCGCUGAAAAGAGCUAAUCACUGAUUGGUUGCUGUGGGUUAUUGGCAGGUGCAUUUUUUCCCAGUGUGGAAGUGCUUCGUUGCCUCGAGGGCUAGCAUUGGGUCAGCAUUGACUAAUAGCCACCUGCUGAACCUUGGACACAUAUGAUAAAAAGAUUUGGUUUUUGAUAAUUUUAGAGAAAUCGAUUUUCAAGUUGUUGGUGGGAAGGAGGGGGCACGUAACUGUUAUUGUGAAUGGCAUGUCCUUUUCCUGGCUCCUUCCUCUUGAACUUCCAUUCUGACUUCCUGCUGCCUGGUUGCUAGGGUAAACUAUGCAAAACAAAAGUGUAGACUAAUUGCAAACUGUCAGUUCUCAGUUAAUAGUCAGGUGACUGACCCCUCUAACCAGUCUUGGGUUCCAUUAAGCUUUUCAUUAGUUUAAUAAAGUAGUAUUGUUCGUUGGGGGGUGUAUAAUAUAUUGCCUUUCUUUUUCCUUUAAAGUGUUACUAGGUUCACAGACCAUAGCAACCAGGCAAUGUUUAGGAUGCCAGAUGCGAUGCUGCACAAGAAAGGGCCUGGCUAAGAAUCACACCUCACAGCAAUAUGUUAAUCAGUUACCAGGGUGACUUGCCUUAGCAACCAGAGAACAUUAGCAGGAGCUGGUAGCCAAGUACACACCCAUGCAAUUUGUAUCUUUUUCCUCCCAGGAUUCCCCAUUUAGAUAACUUAUCCAUCUCUCCAGAUGUUGCUGAACUACAAAGCUCUGCCUGCAGUGAGACCCUAUGCCCAGCACCACCGCCAGGGCUAUUUCUACUAAAUGGCCAAUCAGUAGGGGAGAGGCUUCCACUGCAUGUUGGUGUCAGAUGGGUGAACUGCACCCUAUUCCCAAAGGAGAAGCACAAUACGGUACCUGUUCUGCAGCAAAGAUCAACUCAUUAUGUGACUUUAUAUGGAGUUUAAUAAAAGUCAAGACUUUUUUUGGAAA